AUGGAUCCAAAGCCAGAGAGCCCAGAGAGUGGCGUUGAGAUCCAAAGAGUAAGAAGAUUGACUUAUUAUGUGACUGGCCUAAAGACAUCUGGAAAAGAUUGUGAGGGACAGAAUACAUACCACCAACUGCAGGCUAAUUGGCUCACUACAGACCGGAGAAGACACACAACAGGUAGAAGAAGCAGCAACAUCUGUAUGAUGAAGAAAUAUUUACUCUUGGCAUCUGUGAUUCUUUGCUUAUCUGCUGUUAUUGCUUAUACAGAGAAGCACUCACACUACUUCUUCAUAACCGUCACCAAGUCCAGCUACAACUACCCAUCAUAUUACGCAACCCGAUCCAUUGAUGGCAUCACACUGUACUGGUACGAUGGUGUUAGCGAGGUUGUUGAGCGCAGAGUGCCCUGGUUUAGAAGCACUUAUGCCACCUUACUGGAUGCAAGUCUCAAUCAGUUGAUGAUCCAGCGCAGCCAGGAAAGCUUGUUCCGAAUAUUCCAGACUUAUCUGAAUGACACGGAAGGGUUCCACGUUCUGCAGAGGAUGCAGGGGUGCAUUGUAUACGUUAAUGGCACAAUUGACACAGUAUGCAGUUAUCGUUAUGAUGGAAAACCGUUCCUCAGUUUCGUUGUGGAGAAGGCUCACUGGAUCGCGGAGGAUUCUAGAGGACAACACUUCGCUGAUCUCUUUAAUCGUAACAAGACUAUGGGAGAGAAGAACAGGGAUAUUCUGCUGAAUACAUGCGUGCAGCAUAUAACCGAGCUACUGUCACUGGGGAACUGCACGUUUAACAGGAGAGAACAACCAAUUGUGAGAGUGACACAGACGCCCAUCACAAAUUCCACUUCCAGACUGAGCUGCCGGGCAUAUGGGCACUACCCCAAGAACAUCUCCAUGACGUGGUACAAGAAUGGAGAGCCGGUGCCGGAAAGCCUGAUGGAGAUAGUGACCCUACCUCUUCCCGAGAUCACCUACCUCACCUGGCUGUCAAUGAACAUCACCCUGGAGAAGGAAGAUGUCUAUACCUGUAGUGUCGACCAUAUCAGCAUGAGUUCACCCUUCAGGGAGGACUGGGUCAAGUUAGAUGACGAGUCAGUUGAACCAUCGAGCAGAGGCAUCUCCAAUGGAGUGAUAAUUGCCACAUGUCUGGCUGUCAUCCUUCUGGUGGUUCUUAUAGUAUUUGGCUUGGUGACUAUUGGAAAGAGCAGAAGACAUUGA